UAAAAAAAAUUCCGGUCGUCGAGCCGCGGCGCUCUUUCGCCUGUCCGCUGGAGGCGCGCGAGUGCGAGAUGACGUCACACGCGCGAGAAACUGACCGCGCUGAGCCAAGAUGGCGGCAGGAGACGCUUGAUAUUUGAUGAAGAUGGAGGGUGAGGUGAGUCUGGUCGCCGGCCGCAGUCAGAGAGAAAAGAGAAGAUCCUACAAAGAUCUGCUGAGAGAAGAGGAGAUCAUCGACGCAGAGGUGCGCAAGACCUCCAAGAAAUGGCUGAAGGACACUGAUGCUGUUUACACUGGCAGUGAGUUUCAGAAGAAGAAGCACUAUGAGGAUCAUUUCUUCAGAGAUCAUCACAGCAGCUCUGGAUCUCAUCACAAGAAGAAGAAGCGCUCGCUGCUGACGCUCUCGGACCCGACGGCCUCGACUCAGACGGCCGUGACGGCGAUGGGUCUCCUGCAGGCCAUGACCUCCACCUCCGCGCCGCCCCCCUCGAAGGAGCGCAGGAAGGACCCCCGAGACUCCGCCUCCUCCAGGAAGCAGCCGCAGGGGGUGCCAGUGGUGGGCGAGGAGGUGGAGCUGGAAGGUCAUUACGGUGGAUGUCAUGAUGUGGUCGACAGCAGCGGCUCGUCCUCCGGUGACGAGAGUGAAGCUGGGAAACUCACGAUCCACGAAUCCUCGUCUCACAGCAGCAGGAAGAAGAAGAAGAGCAAGAAGAGCAAGAAGAAGAAGGAGCGCGACCGUUCACGAGAGAAGAAACACAGCAGUAAAGCAGCCAAGAGAACGACGGCAGCCAAUGGCAGCACAGUAUGGAGCGCUUGCACUACAGAUCACCACAGCAACGAGGAGAAGAAGAGGAAGAGAGAGGACGGAGGCAGACGCAAGAGCAAAGACAAGAAGAAGAAGGUGUUGACGGCGUAUCAGAUCUUUUAUAAGGAGUACAGAAUCAGCAUUCUGGAGGAAGAGCCGGGCCUCGAUUUUGGGGAUUUGAGUAAAAGACUGGCUGAUGCCUGGAAGCAGCUGCCCGAGGGAGACAAAGAGGUGUGGCGAGAGAGAUCCGAGUACCUGCAGCGGAAGCAGAUCAAGUCUGAGAGCGGCAAACACGUCAAGCACGUCAAACAGCAGCACGCGUCCAGAGCGCUCAAGAACGGCAGCAGGGUCAAAGGUGUGGCUCCUGCAGGAGGCGCUGUGGUGCUGAAGAGAGAGGAAGCAGCAGCAGAUCCAGCUCAGAACGGAUCAGUGACAAACACAGCCACAUCAUCCCCGACCAGAGACCCAGACCUGGACCCCAUCGACACCGCCGCACACCUGCAGCUGCUGGGAGAGUCUCUGAGUCUGAUCGGACGCAGACUGCAGGAGACUGAGGUGCUCACACACACACACACACACACACACACACACACACACACACACACACACACA